AUGGUAGACCAACCAACGAAGUCCCUUUUGGAGUACGGUAUUCCUGAUACGACUAGCGGAAUCCUUUCUAGCAUCGUAAGACCACCUGUGACAGCUCAACACUUUGAGCUCAAGCCGCAAUUCAUCCAGUUCAUCUCCAAUGAUUCAUUUGCAGGCACACCACAUGAUUGCCCAGUAAGUCAUAUUGAUAGUUUCUUGGAGAAAUGUGAUACUAUGAAAAUGAAUGGUGUUACAGAUGAUGCUAUCAGACUUCGCCUUUUCCCUUUUUCACUACGGGAUAGGGCGAAAGAGUGGUUGAGAGAUGAAGGCACUGGCUCGUUCGAUACAUGGGACAAGCUAGUGAAGGCCUUCUUAGUGAAGUUUUUGGGACAUGAGAAGACUGCCAGGUUAAGGAACGAGCUAUCCACCUUCCGACAGUCAGAUGACGAGUCUCUCUAUGAGGCUUGGAGAAGGUUCAAGAGGUUACAGAGACAAUGCCCUCAUCACGGUAUCCCAGAGUGGCUGUUGAUUCAAACCUUCUAUAAUGGCCUAACCCAUGAGUUCCGAAUCUACAUUGAUGCUGCAUCAGGGGGUUCUUUCUUGACAAAGAAUCCAACUGAGGCAAAGGACCUGAUUGAGAAGAUGGCGGCCAAUGAUAAUUAUCAUCCAGGAGGUCGUCAGAAUGUGAAAAAAGGAGGUAAGCUUGAUGUAGAUGCUUUAACUAUGCUAACUAGUUCUGUUCAAGCACUAACAAGCAGGUUUGAUAAGUUCCAAGCAGGAACUUCUAACACCCCACAGGAGUUGUGUCAGUUAUGUCAUGUGCAGGGUCAUGUUGCUCCAGAUUGCCCACAGAUUUUGCAGAAUACAGAAGAGAUGUCAAUCGAGCAAGCUAAUGCUUUUUACUCCUCUAACCCAAAGAGACCUUAUGACCCUUAUUCUAACACCUAUAACGAAGGAUGGAAACACCAUCCUAACUUUUCAUACAAGAAUACCCAAGCACAGCAAAAUCCACCUCAACCCAACAACUACAACCAACCACCACCUGGUUUCCAACAAAGACCACCCAGCACCCAACAACCAAUGCAACCACAACCUCAGAAAUCUAGCCUUGAGGUGACGUUAGAGAGCUUUAUAACCGCAACAAAUAGUGCCAUCCAACACCAAAAUAGCUCUAUACAACAGUUACAGGCCUAA